AUGGCGUUAACAGGAAUUGCUCUUCAACUCAGACCCAAACACAGAACAAUUCAAAACCCUAGUUUCAUCCACUUCUUCUCAUCUUCAACCUCCGACUCCAAUGUCGAAGAUCAAAACACUCCCGAUGUCAAGGCCAGUCUCAAACAACAACAAUCUCCACAGCAACAAUAUCGACAACAACCUAGCAAGUACUCUCUCUCCUCUCCUAAAACCCCCUCAAAGGUCGCUUCUUUGGAAGAAAUCCGCAAGAACCUCUCCGAGUUCCGCCGUCGCUCCGCCGUGCCGACGCCGGGGGACAAGUCGUCGUCGUCAUCUCCGCCUCUUCCGCCGUCUCAGCCCAUCUCGUUUCAGGAGCUUUACAAGCGAAAUGUGAUAUCCAAAGGCGAAAAUUCCACCAACGAAGCGAGUUUAAGGGGGAGGUACUCGUUCGAUGCCAUUCGCGAGAGCUUGAAGCAGCUCCGAUCGAACGCUGAGAAGAACAAUCAAGUCAGCAUUAACGAUCCGAUGUCGCUUUCGAAGUUCAAGGAGAGUUUCAAGUUGCGGCCUGUUGAUCCGAAUGCGAGGGACUCGACGGUUAUGAUUGGGGGGAGUGAUGAGCUUCCGGCGUCGGUGUUUGCGAGGGAGAUGAGGGAAAAGAAGGAGCCAGAGUCACCUGCGAUGAAGACGGAGUUUGUGAAGAGUUAUUCUCAAGAGGAGUUGGGGAUGAAGUUGAGGAAAUUGAGGCCGGAAGCUAAGACAGAAAAUUGGUUUUCAUUGGGGGAGUUGAAUGAGAGGCUGAUGAAGUUGAGAGAGAUGGAGGAGAAAGAAACAGAGUUGAAAGUUGGUGGUAUUUCCUUCAGGGAUUUGAGGGAGAGCCUUGAGAAGUUGAAGAUUUCAGAUAAUGAGAAGACAAAGAGACAAACAAGAUUUGAACUUAAUUCGAUAGUACUUAGUUAA